GACUGCAGCCUACCAGGCUUCUCCGUCCAUGGGAUUUUCCAGGCAAGAGUACUGGAGUGGGGUGCCAUUGCCUUCUCCAUGAACAGAAUGAGAAUUUAUUAAAAACCUUGGUGAAGUGUGAGUUAAUCUGGGGCUACACAGGGUACACCAGUAAUACAGUUCCACUCAGUUGAGGACGGGGAGGGUGGAAGGUAAGUGCAGGACUAAGUAUUACGUGCCUGCCGUGAGCUUGGCACUGGGAAUUCAGCAGUGAAGGAGGCCCAGACUAAAGUUCAAGGUGCCUCUAACCUAGAAAGGGAUAGGAUUUUGAGCUAUGUGCUCAAAGGAGGUGAAUUAUGAGGACAAAGGUGGUGCUGAAGGGCCCCGGGGAGUUGGGCGGGAUAAGAUGAUGGUUAAGUUUGAUCAGAAAAUUUAACAGCCUUGGUAGUCCAGUGGAAUCCACCUUGCAAUACAAAGAACUUGGGUUCGAUCCCUGGUUGGGAAACUUAGGAUCCCGCACGCCGAGGUGCAACGGUUCCCACACCGCAACUACAGAAUCCGUGCACCACAAGGAAAGAUCCCAGAUGACGCAACUAAGACCCAACGUAGCCAAAUAAAUAAAAUAUUUAAAAAGAAAAUAUGAGCAAAAGCAAUGUGACUAUGUUCUUUACCCCAGCAGAUCUCUUAAAUUUCCUUCCUGACAACCUGCUUUUUUGGGAAGACAAUGCAUUGCCAGUAAGACUUGCUUGGCACUCCUCUUCCUCUGAACAUCCGUUAAAAAAUGCCCUUUCUGCUCAAAACUAUUCCUUUUCUUUCCGCUGUGGGAGCCUGCAUUUGCAUCCUCCAGUCCUCAGUGCCUGCUAUUAUUCAGUCUGUCAGCAGUGCCUACGGUAUGAUGGGCUCUUGGCUAGGUCCUGGGGCACCAGAAAGGACCCUCAUUCUCAAGGGACCCGUGAACAAAAUCCAGUGAACAGACCAUGACAAAGCAGUGUGAUCAGUGCCGCACCCCUGUGUGUGAACCCCAGAGUGCCAGCCCGAGGAAUCGAGAGUGGCAUCUCCUAGGCAAUGAUCCCACUAGAAUCAAGUCUCAGUGAUUGGACAAGAGCUCUGUCACCCAAGGAGUUAGACCUGCCUUCAACUGAACAGCUGGUGCAAAUCUCCAAGCCUGUGAGCCAGAACACCCUGGGAUGACUCCACUUUAUCCCCAUCUCCUCCCUUCAGCCAGGAUCCAUUGACCACCCCUCCCCCAGCACUGGCUACAUUGCUGCACCACAUUAAGACUUGGCCCCAGAUGGAGGAUGAGCGAGGAAGCUAUUGUGCCAAUAUGACUGAUUGAAGCUGCCAAAGGUCCUAGAAGGAGGAAGUGGAUAAGUGCCUUAUUCUUUUAAGGAUACAGCAGCCUCAGGUCUUAUCAGGGGCCAGGAGCUUCCUCGCUCCUUCCCCCACUUCUGACCAAGUCACAGUGUGCCUUGGCAGUGCAGGGAACUGUGUGGGGGGAGGAGGACCUGUAGAACUGGGCUAGAGUGGAGGCGUGUUGCACUAUCCCAGGCAGGAAGCAGUGGUGGUUUAGACUAGCAUGGUGGUAGAAGAAAUGGAAUGAAGAUUCAAGAGACAUUGUUGAAGAGCAGAACCAGCAGGACUUGAUGAUAAAAUACGUUCAAGAAAAGGGAAGAAUUGGCUUUCAGCCAUAAGCAUCCACCCCCAGGGUAGACUUACCCUCUUCCCAGCAACCCUAGAAACCAUAUGGCCCAGGAUUCUGCCUACUACUCAGCAAGUAGGUUUCAGCUUGAUAAGAAAAGACUUCCUGCGGUGGAACUGAAAGGGGAAGCUGCUAACCCAUUACUGCCUAGGAGGCUGUGGGAGAAGGAAGAUGGCCAGAGCUCUGUGUCUACUUCGUGCCCUCUGGCUUCUGGAGUGGGUGCAGCUGCUCUUGGGACCUGGUGCUGUGCCUCCAACCUGGGCCUUGAACCUGGAUUCAGUGCAGCUCACCAUCUACACAGGCCCUAAUGGCAGCCACUUUGGGUUUUCACUGGACUUCUACAAGAACAGCAAUAGGAGUGUGUCCGUCGUGGUGGGCGCCCCACGGACCCUGGGCCGCAGCGAGGAGGAGACCGGCGGCGUUUUCCUGUGCCCCUGGAAGGCCGAGGGCGGCCAGUGCAUCUCGCUGCCCUUCAACCUCUAUGAUGAAACGCAAAGCAUAGGCACCCAAACUUUCCAAACGUUCAAGGCCGGGCAAGGACUCGGGGCGUCGGUCGUUAGUUGGAGAGACAGCAUUGUGGCCUGCGCCCCCUGGCAGCACUGGAACGUCCUAGAUAGGAACGAGGAGGAGGCUCAGAAGACGCCCGUAGGUGGCUGCUUCGUGGCUCAGCUCCAAAACGGCGACCGCACAGAGUACUCGCCCUGCCGGGCCAACAAAAUGAGCCAGUUUUACGAGAGAAAUCAUUUCAGAGAGGACAGGCGUUACUGCGAAGCCGGCUUCAGCUCGGUAGUCACUCAGGCUGGGGAGCUGGUGCUUGGGGCUCCUGGCGGCUACUAUUUCGUAGGUACAUGCCCAUCCGUACACCUCCCUCCCUUCUCUCGACCCGGGCAGACUCCAAGCUCCUGGGCCCCCAUACCAACUGUCCCACGCGCCCUAGGUCUCUUGGCGCGGGCUCCAAUCGCCGAUAUCAUCUCGAGUUAUCGCCCAGGCAACCUUUUGUGGCACGUGCGCACCCAGUUCACCUACGACCACAGUCACUUACAAUACUACGACGGCUACCGGGGGUACUCGGUGGCCGUGGGCGACUUCGACGGAAAUCCCAACACUACAGAGUAUGUUUUCGGUGCCCCCACCUGGAGUUGGACCCUGGGAGCGGUGGAAAUUUUGGACUCGUACCACCAGAUGCUGCACCGGCUGCAUGGAGAGCAGAUGGCUUCAUAUUUUGGGCACUCAGUGGCCGUCACUGACGUCAAUGGGGAUGGGAGGCAUGACCUCUUGGUGGGUGCACCACUGUACAUGGAGAGCCGUGCUGACCGCAAGCUGGCCGAGGUGGGGCGUGUGUACUUGUUCCUGCAGACUCGAGGCGCCCGAAUGCUGGGGGCCCCCAACCUCCUGCUGACUGGCACACAGCUCUAUGGGCGAUUUGGCUCAGCCGUUGCACCUCUGGGCGACCUCAACCGGGAUGGCUACAAUGAUGUUGCAGUAGCUGCCCCCUACGGGGGUCCCAGCGGUCAAGGCCAAGUGUUGGUGUACCUGGGUCAGAGUGAGGGGCUUAACCCAUCCCCCUCCCAAGUCCUGGAUAGCCCCUUCCCCACAGGCUCUGGCUUUGGCUUCUCCCUUCGAGGUGCCACAGAUAUCGAUGACAACGGAUACCCAGACCUGCUUGUGGGAGCUUACGGGGCCAGCAAGGUUGUGGUAUACAGGGCUCAGCCAGUGGUGAUGGUCACUGUCCAGCUGAUGGUGCAAGAUUCAUUGAACCCUGCCGUGAAGACUUGUGUCCUGUCCCAGACCAAGACCCCAGUGAGCUGCUUUAACAUCCAGAUGUGUGUGGGAGCCACUGGGCACAACAUUCCCGAGAAGCUGCACCUGAAGGCCGAGCUGCAGCUGGACCGGCAGAAGCCCCGCCAGGGCCGGCGGGUCCUACUGCUGGACUCUCAGCAGGCGGGCACCAUCCUGGACCUGGAGCUGAGAGGCAGACACAACCCCAUCUGCUCCACUGCCACGGCUUUCCUCCGAGAUGAGGCCGACUUCCGGGACAAGCUAAGCCCUAUCGUGCUCAGCUUUAGUGUGUCCCUGCCGCCGGAGAAGGAUGGAGGAGCCCCUGCUCUCGUGCUGCAUGGAGACACCCACAUCCAGGAACAGACCCGCAUCAUUCUGGACUGUGGGGACGAUGACCUGUGUGUGCCGCAGCUGCAGCUCACUGCCAGCAUGAAGGGCUCCCCACUCCUAAUUGGAGCAGACAACGUGCUGGAGCUGCGAAUGGAUGCAGCCAAUGAGGGUGAGGGAGCCUAUGAGGCCGAGCUGGCUGUGUUCCUGCCUCCUGGUGCCCACUACAUGCGGGCUGUCAGCAACAUGGAGGGGUUUGAAAGACUCAUCUGUAACCAGAAGAAGGAGAAUGAGACCAAGGUGGUGCUGUGUGAACUGGGCAACCCCAUGAAGAGCAACACCCAGGUAGAAGUCACGAUGUGGGUGAGCGUGGGGAAGCUGGAAGAGGCUGGGGAGCAGGUGUCCUUCCUGCUGCAGAUCAGGAGCAAGAACAGCCAGAAUCCAAAUAGUGAGAUGGUGGAGCUGGAUGUGCCAGUCCGGGCAGUGGCCCACGUGGAGUUGAGAGGGAAUUCCUUUCCAGCCUCCCUGGUGGUGGCUGGGGAAGAAGGCAAUGGGCAGAACAGCUCUGACAGCUGGAGCCCCAAAGUGGAGCACACCUACGAGCUCCACAACAAUGGCCCUGGUGCUGUAAGUGGUCUCCGCCUCAACCUCUACCUCCCCAGCCAGUCCCAGCCCUCAGACCUGCUCUACAUCCUGGAUAUUCAUCCGCAGGGAGGCCUUCAGUGCGCCUCAGAGCCCUCUCCCAAUCCCCUCCAGCUGGAAUGGAGGCUGCCCACCCCCAGCCCUUCCCCAGCCCAUCACAAGCGGGAUCGCAGACAGGCGGUCCUGCCGGAGGAGAAGCAGCCCUCAAGGCUCCAAGAUCCAAUCUUGGUGAGCUGCGACUCGGCGCCCUGUACUGUGGUGCAGUGUGAGCUGCAGGAGAUGGCGCGCGGGCAGCGGGUCAUGGUCACGGUGCUGGCCUUCCUGUCACUGCCCAUCCUCCAAGAGAGGCCCCUGGAUCAGUUUGUGCUGCAGUCGCACGCUUGGUUCAACGUCUCCUCCUUUCCCUACUCCGUGCCUGCCCUCAGCCUGCCCAGCGGGGAAGCUCAGGUGCAGACGCAGCUGCUUCGGGUCUUGGAGGAGAGAGAGAUUCCAAUGUGGUGGGUGCUGGUAGGUGUGCUGGGCGGCCUGCUGCUGCUCACAUUCCUGAUCCUGGCCAUGUGGAAGGUUGGCUUCUUCAAGCGGAAUCGUCCACCCUUAGAAGAAGAUGAUGAAGAGGAGUGAUGAGCCCACACAUCUCUGUUCUGGCAGCAAGGCUGGGUGUGAUGUUGUGUCCCUUCUCCAAUGAGUGCCGCCCCCCCAUCUCUGGUUACCCAAGGCUGGGAGGGUGACAUUCUAAUAGUGGAGAUGGAGAUCAGAUGGACCCUGAGUCAUCUACUUGGGCCAGCAUCUCUCUCUGCCUCCUGAUGUCCUCUCUCUCCCAUCAGAGCUGAGUCAUCCCCUCUCCUGCUGCCUAAUAAAGAACUUGGAACCCA